AUUAAAUCAAUCCAAUCCAAACUGAGUCUUUGAAAAAUUAUUUAAGCUUAUCAAUAUAAUAUUAUAUCAAAGACUUUGAAAUAGUGCGUCUAUACAUUUCCGGUGACCGGUGAACGCUCGGUCUUGUGGUUUGUGUGAACCCAUAAAAAGAGAGCAAUUCAAACUUCAUCAUCCUUAGGAUGGAUCAGCUUUAUUGUAAAUAUUUCCAUUAGGUGAAAAUCUACGACAUCAUAAAUCAUAUUUAACAGACAGAUUAAAAACAUAAUGAGCACACAAGAAGCAGGAAGCAGGAGCAAGAAACUACAAACAUUUACAUGUAAAUGUUUUUAAAUAUUCACCCAAAUUCUAAAAAAAUUCAUUAGUGAGCCGCUGUCAGAAAUUCAAAACCUGUCUUAAUAUUACUCGUCAAUAGACUCCACAGUACUUGGAGCACCGAAACUUGGAGCGAAAGACGCACAAAAAAACCUAUGAUGAAUACGAUUGGAAUGUCAUUUGAUAGUGUUGCUGGAUAAAUGUGUUGCUCUGCGAACCAAAAUAAAGACAGCAACAAGGAAUCUUGUCUGUUUGUCAUCCUCAAAAUUGUUUUGUAACGCCAAUUAUGGGCCACAUAAUUUAAAUCUAUUGUAUGUAGACAACUAUUCUUCUUUCCUUGUUUUUGCCACAAAAAUUAACCAACACACAUGCAGACAUACGGACACAUAUGCACGUAUGUAUCUAGAGGUUUCAACACAAACAGAGACAUUUCGAAAAUGUAGAAUAGAACACGAAUUAUGUCUGAGAAUACGAUCGUUUUAUGCUGCCACACGUACAAAAUACAAGACAACACGAAUUAAUGUUCUUGUUUUUGGUGGCCUAGCGAAACAUUUCCCAGCCAACCAACCAUCCAUCUAUACAGAAAUGGUAGAAGAACAAUCGAAGAAUGGAAAGAUGUGCCUCGUUGUUGUUUGUUGAUGCGUAACCGAGCGGCAAAUGAGCAAGAACAGACGGUAGUAGAGCAUUCGCACAGUGCGGUCCUAAGCAGCCAUUCUAGGUGUGAGGGUACGUACGGCGUAAAGAGCACUUAAACUGACAGAAAUCCAUUUCCGAAAGAAAAUUAGGCCUUUAUUGUAAACUCACCGUCACGAAAAGAGAAAAAAAGAAGUGAAGACAUGGCAAAAAUGUACAGUAGAAAUGUUGAGCAAAGCAAAAUAAUUGACUAAGAACAGGUAGCCGGUAUGCCGUGCUGAGCACAGACUGCAAGUGGAAAGCAUGUUAAACGGAGAGCGAACGUACGAGUGAUAAUGAGACAUCGUAGUUUCCCUUCAAUCACAGUUCAUGCUCAAGCCUAUAAUACCGCCUGCUAAUAAAAUUAUACUCAAACUACCGCGAAAGACACUGAGUCUUAGAGUCUUUACAUUGUUAGUUCGUUUUGAGAAGAUCAGCGUUGCGGAGAGACUUACUUUAAGCAGUGUGAGAGUCGUUACAGAAUUGAGGUUAUCUCUUACCGCUAGUGCGGAGUAUCUUAUAACUGCGUAUCUACGCUACAGCCAACAGUUUAAACAGAGAUUGCGUUAGCGACAGACGUACUAGAUCUUCUGCUAACUGCUUUUGAAACGCGAAGUGAAAUAAAAAAGAUUUCUAAAAAGUUUAAAGUGUAGCAACUCAGUCGUAUCGUAACAAAGAAAAGCGAAUAAUAUAAAGCGUGUCAGAGAUAAAAGGAAAACGCAACGUACGCCGGGAGAAAGUAAAAAGACCACCACACUGAUAAAGGAAUUUCAAAUGAGACCCAAUUUAUAAAUCGCAAAACCCACAAAACAAUAAAAAAUAAAUAAACACCCGCCACACAGAACACAAAUCAUUGCUCUUUGAACAAAAAAAGAAAGACACAAGAAAGUCGUCGACCCAAGAAAGUGAUAUCGUACCUUCAUUUCGAGUGUACGCCGUAUAAACGCUAGCAUGGAAGAUCUCGCACGUUCAUUAAAUUUCGAACAGCCACACGAACUGCCACCCCUGGACAAGUACGCGCAACAUAUACUCGAAAAUAGCAAAACCAUUAUAGUUCCUGCCGCGCCCACAGUGCCCACCGUAAACCCAUCUACGUCCACGCUCAGAGCAUCCAGUGAUUUUUUGCAAAAAAUCGGCGCGACGCUGCUCAAUUCCGUACAAUUGAAAAAAUAUAUAAAAUUCGACAAUUCACCGGUUGUUGGGGCUUCCCUGAGAGGCAGCGAACACGAUAUAGAUAUGUUCGGUAUGCCGCCGCCACCGAAUCAUGUUUCGAUCGAUUCUUCCGGCUUUGAUGCAGUGGACGAGUUGCAGCGCCAACUGGAGUACGACAAGUUCAUGAACGAGGUGUGGAUCGGUAUUGUGCUCACACUCGUGCUCACCUCAAUGGUGUUCUGCAUCUGCUCCUGCUUUCUCUAUCAUCAGUUCCGCACUUGGAAGAGAAAUUACCGAAACACUGUGGCGCAAUCCCGCAAUGGACACGAGAGUGAAACAACGAAAUUGCAUUCUGAUAUUGACGAUCCUGUGCCCGAAUACACACUCGUCUCCGGCUUGCCUUCGUACGAAGUUGCACUGGAGCUGCUCAAUAAAUCACCGCAAUCCUGUCUUAUUGUGCACCCGAGCGUCUUCAGCGUAUUCCACGUAAACGAGAAAGCAACAACUAAUAAGCAACAACAACCUUUACAACCAACAAAGCCUCAGUCACAACUCGUUGAAGUGACAACACCAUUGUUGCCAACAAUGAAUGCUGUACAACAACAACUGAUGCAUGCAACUGGAACAAGAACAACGGGUAUAGUGCGGGCUGGUAGAGACUACGCUGUUUUGCCCACUUACGAGGAGGCUAAUAGCCCACACAACUUGUUGCAUGCAGCAGCUGUCACUUUGACAACAGUCAUUGAGAAAUCGGGGAACAAGUCUGUAGGACAAGCGAGUGAAAACCACACAGUUCUUACGAUGCCAACAACAACAACAACAUCAACGGUAGUAACAACAACAUCCAGUGAUAACGGUGCGACGCAUAAAUACUAACUGUACCCCUAACGGCGGAAUGUCGCAGACAUGUUCCGUAAUUGUCAAAAGUGACUCUCGAGUGUAGAAGUUUGACAUCCGUCAAUUCGACUACACAUCUACACAUCGCAACUGUGAUAUUGUUUACCUUAACUGAUUGUUGUUUUGUACUUAGUUUUAGUAGUAAUUUAUUAUGCUGACAGUGCAAUUAUUGUUCAGCGCGAAAAUGCAAUUUUUGCUGGAGAAUAAAGAACUGGAAAUUUGUAAAUGUCAUAAAUGAAACGACUGUGAUGGCUCUGCACAAAUUUAAGUCUGAUUUAAGAUUUAGUUAAGUACGAUUACCAGUUUUGAUCCAGAGUUUCAGUUCUUUUAUAAUAUUGUAUAUUAUAUUAUAAGGGAUUUGUGUAUUUUUAAUGCGAAUGUAGACAUGAAAGACGCCUUCAAAACCAUCCUAAUUAAUUAUUUAUUAAAAUAGUUAAAGAAGAUAGAUGUGAAUUAUUUAAAUUAAAUAAACAAGUUUUU